GUGCAUUAUUCAGUGUUAGUCCUUUGCUCAGUGCAGUGUGCCUAGUUGCGUUCCGAAGGAAAAUUUAUUUUGUUUUGUGUGAAGAUGGCUUUCAAGUUUGUGGUGUUUGCUUCCCUGCUUGCCUUCGCUGCUGCUUAUCCCGUCAGCUACGAAGAAUACUAUGGACAGCAAGACGCGGGAGAACAUCAGUAUGGUCAAAUCGCACGGAUCUCACUUGGAGAUGGUCAUGGACACCACGAGUAUGCCCAUCACGAGGAUGAACAUGUCGAUUAUUAUGCCCCACCGAAGUAUGCUUUCAAGUAUGGAGUUAAUGAUUUCCAUACUGGAGAUGUGAAAAGCCAGCACGAAACCCGCGACGGUGAUGUUGUGAAGGGACAAUACUCUCUGGUGGAACCGGACGGUUCCGUGCGUACCGUCGAUUACACCGCUGACAAGCAUACCGGAUUCAACGCUGUCGUCCACAAGACCGCUCCAAUUACCCACCAUCACGGAGAACAUUACUAAGCCAGAAUGGCCUCCUGGAUUCUCCUGAGCCCAGCGAUAGCCAGUAACUUUUGUUGUAGACUGUCACGAUAACUGCCUUUUCUUACCAAAAACAAAACUUGUUUAAGUCACGUGAGGAAUCUCUUCCGAUCCUCAAAGCCAUCCAACACAUGACUGUCAGCUUCGUUCAUCCUUGUGGGCUUUCUAUACCUAUCAUUUCUGAAGUUCUCGCUAACCUAGUGGUGCUUGAUGAUUUCCGUUCGUUGUUCUGAACUGUGAUACAUAUAUUUGUUUAUCGUUAUUUUGUUGAAGUAUUUGUUAAUUGUUGGUGCUUUGUUGUUUCCACGUAGUCCGAGUCGAUUUACAACAGUUUGCAUAUGAUCAAGCAUAGCGGACUGGAAACGAUCGAAAUCAUUUAAAAUAGCUGCUUAACGAACGGAAAAAUCAAGCACAUCCCGAUGAUUGGUGCUGGCCAACCCCGAACAUACGUUCCAGUCCUUUACCCACCGUACCUCUAGGACCCGGAGUUAAACGUUAGGCUAAAUAGCGUGAACGUACUACAGUGCAUGUAAAUAACUAAUCAUCGCGUUCCGAAAAGCAAGCAUAAAAGUGGUAAGCUAAAACAAGCUGAAGCCGGUCGGUUUUCCUGCCCAUCAGCAACACA